CUUGCUUCCCGAUCAGUAUCCCCGAGGAUGAGGAUUUUUUCAAGGGCAAAACUUGCAUGGAGUUUGUGCGGAGCUCUGCGGCCAUGGACGUGAAUGACGUAGAUCUCGUUCCGCGGGAACAGGUGAACGGGCUCACGUCUUACCUUGACGCCUCCACCGUCUACGGAUCUACCAAGGAGUUUACAGAGAAAAACCUUUUGCCCAACGGUAAACUGAGAGUGGGCCCGAACAACAUGCUCCCACGGAGCGACAAGAUGAACUGCAAGAUUGAGGACAGAAGGCGAGACUACUGCUUGUCUGCAGGUGACCACCGAGUGAACGUGUUUGUGGGUCUCGGCAUGUUCCAUACGGUCUUCCAUCGAGAACACAACAGACUGGUGGAUGAGCUAGCGAGAGUCAAUCCUCACUGGCGAGGUUCAAAGUUGUUUCAGGAAGCCCGGAAGAUCAACGCUGCCCUCCAUCAACACAUCACAUACAACGAGUACCUGCCUUCCUUCCUCAAUGAUGCGACACUGUUGACCUAUCGAUUACGUGUCGGGGAUUACCGAUACAAUCCCAAAGUCGAUCCCAGCGUCUCCAACGCGUUCAGCACUGCUGCUUUUCGUUUCGGUCAUUCACAGAUUCAGACAAAAGUGAAAGUGGGAAGAGACGAAUUCAAGAUGGAGAACACUUUGAUGAGGCCCCACCUGGUGCUCACCCGCCUGGAUGAGGUGGUGGAGGGGUUAGCGUUCACACAGGCCGAGAACGCCGACCAGUUCUUCGUGCGAGCCAUCACCGACAGACUCUUUGAGAAGGAUAGGAGGAAGCGGGAUGGCCUUGACCUCGUGUCCUUGAACACCCAGCGAGGUCGCGACCAUGGCCUUGCACCAUACAACGAGUACAGGAAGAUAUGUGGCCUGUUUCCCGUGACCUCCUUUGACAGCCCUGUCUUUGCCCCAGGCAACAAGCUGAAAUUUGUCUACGAAGAGGUGGUCAGCACAGUCCUGCACCGUGUCCCGAUGCCUGUGUUGAAAGUUCUCCCACUAGGUGACAAUACCGUUCAAAAACAUAUUGAUGAGAUGUCAGCAUAUUAUGUCGAGGAAUCAUUGUGCAAAAGGCUUAAGUUUAAAGGACGUCAACUAGCAGAGAUCCGUGAUCAGACUCUGGCUUCCGUGAUGUGCAGGAACACCAAGGUGCGGGAACUCCAGGAGCACAUGAUGUUUGUUAAUGGGACCAGUAACCCUCUGAUCCCCUGUGAAGACAUGCCUAAGAUCGACUUCACCAAAUGGAAAGAAAACCCGUUGUAA